AUGGACGCACAGAACUUAGCGAAUGCACAGCAACCUGGACAACCAAACCCAGAGAAUAUUCCAAAUGAAGUUAGAAUACAAACUGCAAUGGCAAACUAUGGUCAAGUGCCAACAGAUGUACAAAUGCAAACUGCCAUGUCAAAUGACGCUGCGUUAGGUUUGCCACCAUGGUAUGCAAAUAUGAGAUGGAAAGAGUUUUAUACAAACCCUGAAGUGGGAUAUAAACAACUUUAUGCAGAUGACGCGAACACAGGAGUUGACCCAGAAUAUGUUUUC